UAUAUAUAAAUCAAGACACAUUUCAUCACUUGAAAAAACGACAAAUACUGCACACUUGAACAAAUUUCUUGUGCUUUUUUUUAUAAAUUUUUUUUUCUUGAAAUUUAAAUUUUUCAAAAUAUAUCAACAUACUAUUAAUCGAUUGUCCACCAACAAUCCAAUCGUCAAUAAUCUCGGUGAAAAUUAUUCUUGUUUUUUUUUCUGUUUGAUAUUUUCUGUCUCUCUCUCUCUCUCUCUCUCUGUCUGUGUGUGUGUGUGUGUUUCAACCAAUCAUGGGUUAUGAUAUAAAUCGUUUCAAAAGUCGUCUGCCAAAUGAAAUCAUUUGUGGCAUCUGUUUUGGUGUGUUGGAUGAUCCACAAGAAAUAAUUGAAUGUGGCCACAUGUUUUGCCAUAAUUGUAUAUAUCGUUGGCUUGAUGAUCCAUAUUAUAAUACAGUAACAUGUCCAAUUUGUCGCCGUGAUAUUUGUGUAGAUGAUAUUCGUCCAGCCAUUGAUUCUGUACGGCAAUAUAUAAAUCGUUUACGUAUACGUUGUGAUUUUGAUCAUUUAGGUUGUAUUGCCGAUGUACGAUUAGAAGAUUAUGGCCGCCAUUAUACACAAUGUCCAUUGAAUCCACGUAAACCGAUUAAAUGUCAUCGUGGCUGUGGUGUUCAUCUGCCACCAGCCGAAAUGUUACAACAUCAUUGUGAUCUAGAUAUGUGUCAAGAUGCUAUUGAAUGGAAUGAUAUUUUUGAUUAUGUUCGUCAAGAAAUGAAACAACGUAAUUGGCAACGUUAUCAACCAAAACAUUCAUUGAUUGGUAAUUCAUAUAAAAAAUUAUUAACAUUUUUCACUAAUUGGCUAGCUGAUCCACGUGUACAUAAUGAUUGUGGUGUUGGCGUGAAAACAACAAAAACAACAACAACAACGACAUGCCGUUUCUUAGGAAAAUUCCUAGGGAAAACUUUAAUUUUAAUUUUAAUUUUUUUUUUUACAAACAAAAAUUGUAGCAAAAUUUCCGUAAACAUUUUUUUUAAUCACUUAUUAGUAUUAUUUGCUUGAUUUUUUUUGAACAAUUUUUUUACAAACACACACACACACCCAAAUUUGGACAAAGAGUAUUUUCGGUUUUAAAAAUACUUUUCAAUUUUCAAUUUUAUUUUGGAUCCAAAACAACAACAACAACAAAAAACACUGAAAACUAAAAAUUUUGUAUUACCAUUUUGAGUAUUAUCAUCAUUGAAUCAUU